AUGUUUAAUGAUAAGUUCAUCGCCCUUACUCAUAAACUUAUAAAUGAGAUCAUAAUUCGAGAACAAAAGACCAUUAAAAAUUGUGGUAACGUUGUAAACGUCGUAGUCGCCACUAAGGUUACAUCCAACGUGAUGGAAACAUUGAGAAGGGAAUCUGAGUUGAGCCGCCGCCAUAUCCCUGUCUCUAACUCUGACAGGUAUUCUUAUGAAAAUUGUGGCAACACUGUGAAUGUCAUUGUCGAUCCUGACCAUCAACUUGUUGUUACAGACUUAUUGCAUCAUUCUAACUUUUCUCAUUUCUUCAAUGAAUAA